CUGAGCCACCCGCCAGCCUACCAGGCUGAUAAGAAGCUUUCUUCAUACCAGCCUGGGCCCACACAGCUGCCAGCACCAUGAAGGACGAGGUGGCUCUUCUGGCUACUGUCACCCUCCUGGGAGUCCUGCUGCAAGCCUACUUCUCCCUGCAGGUGAUCUCGGCGCGCAGAGCCUUCCGCGUGUCGCCGCCGCUCACCACCGGGCCGCCGGAGUUCGAGCGCGUCUACCGAGCCCAAGUGAACUGCAGCGAGUACUUCCCGCUGUUCCUCGCCACGCUCUGGGUCGCCGGCAUCUUCUUUCACGAAGGUCUGCGCUCGGGACGGGCGCGCACGCACCGCAGCCCCAGGGUCCCGCGCCGGCCGGCUCACCUUGCCCCUCUCCCAGGUACCGCGGCCCUGUGCGGGUUGGUCUACCUUUUCGCGCGCCUCCGCUACUUUCAGGGCUACGCGCGCUCGGCGCAGCAAAGGUUGACCCCGCUGUACGCGAGCGCGCGCGCGCUCUGGCUGCUCGUGGCGCUGGCGGCGCUCGGCCUGCUCGUCCACUUUCUCCCGGGCGCGCUGCGCGCCGCGCUCCUUGGACGGCUUGGGAAGCUGCUGCCCAGGGCCUGAGAUGGAGGACGCCCGGCCGGCGGAACCGGAGAAGAGCCGGAGCUUCCGGGAGGACAGGGGAGGGAUGCUCGCCCCAUUCCAAUCUCCAAUUAAAGUGUCGAUGACCGGACUCCGGACGCAUUCUCUGGUCGGAGGGGUUCGCGCACCGCGUGCUGUGGACCCCAGGCCUGGGUGGCAGCAGGCGGGUGGGCUUCCCGGGGGUGGGGCUGCGGAAGGACAGGGGCCUCUCCGACCCUGGAGCCGCACGCCCGGCCCUCGGCCGCCCUUUUCGCCGGGGCUCACCCCACGGCUCCUCCUCCCUGCGUUCAGCGCUUCCCUCGCCUGUCCCCUCUUCAGGCCUGCCGCCUCUUCACGGUCCCCCGGUCGCCCUCUUCCUCGUCCCCUGACUUUCACAGCUGACACCAGGGCCAUUCUCCGGUCAGCACUCGGUGCCUGGAGUCCAGCACGGUGUAGAUGUUCAGGGCACCCUGCGGCGGAGCCUGGGGGCGACGACCAGUGCGGUCCAUGCCGUUGUGACAUGCGCUCUCGGGGGAAACGUCCGGGUGUUGGGGGACCAGACCUGAGCAAUGCCGGCUGGCCGGACUAACGUCCCUGAAAAGGUGAUUUCUUUUAGCCGAGUUGGCGGAGGAGAAGAGCUUUCCAGGCAGGGCAGCCGCGCGUGCCCUGGCCCCGAGGUGGGUGGGAGACCCUAAAACGUAUCAGAGACCCGGGGGGAUGUGGCCGAAGGUGAGCGGGGCCUUGGGGGCCGUGGACGAGGGUAGGGCUGGGACUCACGAAGUGGAAGGUCGGGGAUGCCUUGGGUUUGAGAGGAGCAGGUAGCUGGGGCGGGACGGUGGGAGCUAGGGGGCGCGCUUGGAGGGGCGGUCCUCGGGAAACGGAGGCGGCUUCGGGCGCCAGGCCCCGGAUUCCGCGCCGCCUCCACGCGCGAGUCACCGACCGGGCGGCCCGGGCCCUCCUGGAAAUGCGGCCGAGGUCGUGCGGAGCUGCACGGAGGGCCGAGAUGGCAGAGGGCACGGGUGACACCGCCUGGCGCCUGGCCUCCCGCCACCAGCCGGAGCUCUCGGAACACUCACCCAGGAGGCACGC